AAGUCCCAUAUUUUUAUAUAUACCUCUUCAAGCUUAUAUAUACCUCUUCAAGCUCCUAUUCUUCAACACAAAUUCCAUCACUCAUAACAACAACAAAAAAUCUAAAUUAAAGCAAACCAAACCAUGUUUCUCUCUCUUCUUGUUUUCAUCCCACUAGGGUUUUUGUUUCUCUCAUCCUUAUUGUCAAUCACUUUACAAGUUCAUUACCAUUACAGCAAAUCUUCCACCACUUAUGGCCCUCCUUCAUACCCAAUUCUUGGUUGCCUACUGUCUUUUUACAAGAAUCAGAACCGUAUUCUAGACUGGUACACAGAUCUCUUGUCAAUUUCACCCACAAAAACCAUCAGUGUCAAAAGGCUCGGUGCAAGACGCACUAUAGUGACAGCAAAUCCAGACAAUGUUGAGUAUAUACUCAAAACCCAGUUCAGAAACUUCCCAAAAGGCAAGCCUUUCACUGAACUCCUCGGUGAUCUUCUUGGCUUUGGCAUAUUUAACGCAGAUGGUGAAUUGUGGUCUACGCAACGCAAACUCGCUAGCCAUGAGUUUAGCACGAAGUCCUUAAGAGAUUUUGUUGUCAAAACUCUUGAAGAUGAAGUUCGAGACAGACUAAUUCCAAUUCUUGAAUCAGCUGCUGAGAGUAACAAAGUCUUGGACUUGCAAGAUGUGUUGAGAAGAUUAGCUUUUGAUAGUAUUUGCAGGGUCGCUUUGGGCAUAGACCCUUGUGCUUUGGACCUAUCUAGCCCUUUACCAGUCCUUGCAAAAGCCAUUGAAACUGCAUCGGAGAUAAGUGCUAAGCGUGCAACACAGCCCUUGUAUUUGGUGUGGAAGAUAAAGCGUGCACUGAAUCUUGGGUCAGAGAAAAAACUCAAAGAAUCAAUUGCAACUGUACAUGGUCUUGUCUCGGAGAUCAUACAAACCAAAAGGCAAACCGCGUGUGAAAACCGUGAUUUAUUGUCACGGUUAGUACUCGCGGGGCACGAUGAGCAAGUCAUAAGAGACAUGGUGAUAAGCUUUAUCAUAGCUGGACGUGACACAACAUCUUCAGCCUUGACAUGGUUGCUUUGGUUGCUCACUAAGCAUCGAAACAAAGAGGAACUCAUUGUGAAGGAAGUGAAUCAUGUAUUAGAGAAUCAAAAGGCAUUGGAUUUUGAAGCUUUGAAAGAGUUGAGGUUUAUACAUGCUUGUUUAUGUGAGUCCAUGAGGUUGUACCCACCUGUUGCUUGGGAUUCUAAGCAUGCAGCGACCGAUGACAUUUUGCCAGACGGCACUAAGGUAAGGAAGGGAGAUAGAGUUACUUAUUUUCCUUAUGGAAUGGGGAAGAUGGAAGAGCUUUGGGGUAAGGACCGGUUUGAGUUUAAACCGGACCGGUGGUUUGAUGAACCGGGUGGUGCAGAUAUUGGUGGAGAGUUGAAAUAUGUGAGUCCAUACAAGUACCCGGUUUUUCAAGCUGGUCCAAGGGUGUGCAUUGGAAAAGAGAUGGCUUUUAUACAGAUGAAGUAUGUGGUGGCUGACAUAUUAAGGCGGUUCGAGAUCAAGCCGGUUUUUGAGGUGGAUGAACCGGUUUAUAUCCCUUUGUUUACUGCAGAAAUGGCUGGUGGGUUCAAGGUAAUGAUCAAGAAAAGGAGUGGUUGUUAUGAUUCCAUGACUAGUGCUUAAGAUAGAUUUUUUUUUUUUUUUUUUCUUUUCAAGUGCUUGUGUUAGAGCUCUUCAACCACUUGGCUAAAGCUUAAGAUAGAUUAUCUUUGAAUGGCAUUGAUAAUUUGAUAUUACAUUCCACUUACUUGUGCUUAUUUUCUAUGAUUAGUAAUGUUGGAAUGCAAAUGUC